AUCUCGAGCUGUGAGCUCUUUCACCCAGCGUGCACUUGCCUCCCCCCCUGCCUUCAGGUGCGGCACCACCUCCUCUCUCUUAAAGGUUUAAACUUGCAACUUCAAAGUUCGCCAUGGAUGAUGAUAUUGCUGCGCUUGUUGUUGACAAUGGAUCCGGUAUGUGCAAAGCUGACUUUGCAGGAAACGAUGCCCCUCGGGCCGUCUUCCCUUCCAUUGUGGGGCGCCCCAGACAUCAGGGUGUGAUGGUGGGUAUGGGCCAGAAAGACAGCUACGUGGGGGAUGAAGCCCAGAGCAAGAGAGGUAUUCUGACCCUGAAGUACCCCAUUGAACAUGGUAUUGUCACCAACUGGGAUGACAUGGAGAAGAUCUGGCAUCAUACUUUCUACAAUGAACUCCGUGUGGCCCCUGAAGAGCACCCUGUACUGCUCACAGAAGCCCCCCUGAACCCCAAAGCCAACAGAGAAAAGAUGACACAGAUCAUGUUUGAGACCUUCAACACCCCAGCCAUGUACGUCGCCAUCCAGGCUGUGCUGUCCCUGUAUGCCUCUGGUCGUACCACUGGUAUCGUGAUGGACUCCGGUGAUGGUGUGACCCACACUGUGCCCAUCUAUGAAGGUUAUGCCCUUCCCCAUGCCAUUCUCCGUCUGGAUCUGGCUGGCCGUGAUCUGACGGAUUACCUCAUGAAGAUCCUCACCGAGAGAGGGUACAGUUUCACCACCACAGCCGAGAGGGAAAUCGUGCGUGACAUCAAGGAGAAGCUGUGUUACGUAGCCCUUGACUUCGAGCAGGAGAUGGCCACCGCUGCGUCCAGCUCUUCUCUGGAGAAGAGCUACGAGCUCCCCGAUGGUCAGGUUAUCACCAUUGGCAAUGAGAGGUUCCGGUGCCCAGAGGCUCUCUUCCAGCCAUCUUUCUUAGGCAUGGAGUCCUGUGGAAUCCAUGAAACUACUUUCAACUCAAUCAUGAAGUGUGAUGUUGACAUCCGUAAGGAUUUGUAUGCCAAUACCGUACUGUCUGGUGGUACCACCAUGUACCCAGGCAUUGCUGACAGGAUGCAGAAGGAGAUUACAGCCCUAGCCCCCAGCACGAUGAAAAUCAAGAUCAUUGCCCCACCUGAGCGCAAAUACUCUGUCUGGAUUGGAGGCUCCAUCCUGGCCUCCCUCUCCACCUUCCAACAGAUGUGGAUCAGUAAGCAGGAGUACGAUGAAUCUGGGCCUUCCAUUGUCCACCGCAAAUGCUUCUAAAUGGACUGUUGGUGUUGUUUUUUUUUUUUCUUGGUUGUUUUUUUGUCAAAGGGUGUGACAUGAUAAUUGCCCAAAAAAAAGAGAUGAGAUUGGCAUGGCUUUAUUUGUUUUUUUUUUUUUGUUUUUUUUUUUUUGGCGCUUGACUCAGGAUUUAAAAACUGAAACGGUGAAGGUGAUGAGCAGUCUAAAGUAAUGUUGGAGGCAAACAUCCCCAAAGUUCUACAGUGCGUCUUCAGGACUCUGAUUGUACAUUUUUUUUAAUAAGUCAUUCCAAAUAUUGUAUAAUGCAUUGUUACAGAGAGUUACUUGCCUCUAUGAAGGCCGUCUUGCUCUAUCCCCACAGGGGCAGAGAGCGACUUAAAAUCCAGACCAGGGGGUGGGGGUGGGGGGUGGCAGUAGUAUUGCUUUACUUGUAAAUUAUGUAAUCCUUAAAAAAAAAACUUUUUGUAUCUUCCGCCUUAAUACUUGUUCCUUUUUUUUUUUUAAUUGUCAGCCAUAACGAAUGGCUCCCUAAAUUCUCUCCCUGCCCCCAACAUAGAUGUGAAUGAAGACUUUAACAGUCUCCCUGGGAGUUUAAUGAGAUUGGUGCCAGUACUUGGGGGAGGGGAGGAGCUUUACCUGUACACUGACUUAAGACCAGUUCAAAUAAAA